GACAGGACUCAGUGUGUUGUGGCACCGGAACGCGUCUCCCGGUCCAGCGACUGCGUUUGUUGCAUGCAGCGGUUUUGUGGCUUGUUUACUGAGCGGCGCGUGCCAUCAGCAAUCGAUAAACAAAGUGGAGUUGUGACGCGUGCGAUGGCCGUGCAAUAAUUGUGAACGUGAAUUUGUUGUGUUCCGUCUGUCGGUCAGCGGACUGCGGAGUGAAAUUAGAAGUGAUAAUUGGUUCAUUGAUAACGGAUGCUGUGAAAAAGAAGAUGGUGGAGAAAUUCCUUCGGGCGAGUUAAAUGUUCCGCGCAGUGUGGAAGGUUAAUUAAUGUAAACUUGGGACGAAACUCGCUUAAGCAGUGUUCAGUGGCCUCGCUCUGAGCCCGCUCAGCCAACUCAACGCCUGAAGUGGACGCCGGUGUGUUCGGUCCCCCCAUGACUAUGAGCUGCCCUGAGGUAGUGUACCAGGCGUAUUACCCGUACCUGUACCAGCGCCCUAGUACGUCGGCACCCACCGUCGCCAGGACAACCCCGUUCCCGCCUUUCUCGCAUCAGUAUGACCGGUUCAACGUCCAGAGGUCCCUGGAGCACCACCAGCAGCCCUCGUCAUCCGCGUCGUCCUUACCCGCGAGUAUCGACGCGUACCACGCACACCAUUCCUCCCACCACAGCAGCGCUGGCUCCGUCAGUUCCGGGGGCGGAGGCGUCGGGAGUCCCGGGUCGCCUCCCGUGUCCGUGCUACGUCACAAGGAGGAGGACACGGCCGCCGGCGCCAGUUCCGGGGAAGGUGGUGGCACAGCGGGUCUCGAGGAAGACGAUGACGACGACGAGGAGGCGGGUCCUGGCAGCAGGGCGCAGUACGUGUCCGCCAACUGCGUCGUGUUCACGCACUACUCUGGGGACGUAGCCUCCGUGGUCGACGAACACUUCUCCAGGGCGCUGAGUUACACGGAGAACAAGGCCAACUCGUCGGCGGCGUCGCAGGUCAAAGACUCGUCCCCGAUUUUCUCCGACCCCUGGCACUCCCACUACCAGCAGUACAGCGCCGCGGCGGCCCACCACCACCACAGAGCUGUCCACGAAUACCAUCACCACCACAAUCAGUACAGCAAGGGCGGCGUGCCUGAGCCCUGGGGGGCGGCCGGCCACAGCGCCGCCUCCCGGCUCCACCACGACCAAGCCUCAGCGCACCAUUCGCACGCGCUGGACUCAGCUGGCUACUCCGCCUACCCCACCAUGGCUGGGCUGGAGGCGCAAGUUCAAGAAUCCUCAAAGGACCUCUAUUGGUUUUAAUUACAAUUUGUUGAUGUGAUUUUGUUGUUCUCUCUUUUUGUUAAAUCAUUCGUUGAAAAACGGAAACCGCUGACCACAAGGAGCGAGGAAGAAACUCGAAAUUAAUGUCACAGAUUGAAGGCACGUUGAAAGGUUCUUGAAGUCUGUGAAGUAUGUGUUGAGUUGGCGACUGAGUUAGCCUUCGGUUUGUCAUUACUUCCAGUGCGUCGUAAAUGUUGGAAGACACGACGAGAAGGAAUUAUCGGUACCUCUCAGAACCGCGACAUUGGGCCUACGACAAACCCAGCGAACAGGACUCAGUUUUUCUGCCCAAAACUUAUUCAAAUAUAGUCAUCAGAUUGUUACAGACAUUCGCGCGCCAAUUUUCGAGAAAUGUAUCGUGAAUAUUGUGGAAGGCCAAGUCAUGUAAUUGCACGAACAUACUUUUUGUAGUGACGUAAUGGAAAUAUUUUGGUAAGUGUUGAGAGACCGACGUAUAUUGCAUUGUUGUAGUUUCGUGUUGUCGUGUUUGUAGUGCUGCACUACAAAUGUUGCUUUCCUGGGCUUAAAAUUUUAAUAAAACGAUUUCUUAAAACACUCACAUAUCAUUUUAAUGCAUUUUCGACGUUUGGCUCCUAUACAGCAAAAGAAACACAAUUUUGGAAUAUGACAGUCGACUUACGAUGCAGUUACGUGCAUACAUUAUGGAGGUGCCGUUCAUGUACUCGUGGUGAAGAAACAUCCUUUUACGAUAAUUUCAUCUCGUCUGUGUCUUUCGAAAGCUGCUUGAAAGGAACACGUGUCAUUUCAGAGUUCUACCACAUUUAUUGUCAAGUUGUACAAAUAUGAUUAUUAUUAAUAUUAUUACUAAUAAGCCUAUAUUAUGAAGUAUUGAUUUAUGUACAUAAGGACGAAUUUGUUAUAUAUCUGCAUCAAGAACUGUACUUUAUGAACAAUACGAAAUGCGUGUGCAAUCUUAUGUAAUGUGAAGGAAAGUGAUGUUUUGCAGAUUUUGAGGAGGCUACAGAGAACUUGUUUCUCAGAAAGUUGGCAUCCACAAACAAGUCGGUCGUGUACUGACAUCGAACGUCACCUCGUGUAACGUUUCCUUCAGAGAAUACGAAGUGUCGCUUGCGUGUUCUUUCCGUGGCAUUCCACGGCUGUGCAGUGCUUUCGUUCUGUAGCCAACGAGGACAUUAUUAAAGACAAAUGAACACUUUUACUCCUUCACCUCUCUGAUUGGAUGUGCAAUUGCAUUCGAUUUUACCUUGUAAAUUGACCGAUGGCUGCGAAAUGGUUGUGUUAUAUAAAACGAUGUUUGUUGAAUGUCGUUAACUUUCGAGAUUUGUGCUCUCAUUUCAGACUCGAUUAAUGGCGUGUGAUGUUUUAUAAGAGCCAUAGCUAAGAAGUUCUGCUUCGUACUUGUAAUGCUAACAUUUUCUUCAAAAUUCUAUAUUUAAUUUAUUUCCUUUUACUUACGAAAGAAUUCAUAAGCCAGCGCUCGUAUUCAUUUCUCUGGCAUAUUUUGUUUCGUUUUCAACCACAUUUCACAUUGACGUUACGGAAUCUAAAGAAACGCGGGCUUUCUGUGGAGCUGGAGUACGUAUUUAAAUGUUGAUACAGUUUACAACAAAAUAAAAGCUUCGUCAUGUGUUCGGUUCUCAGUACUUUGAUCAAUAACCGUGAAACAGAAUAUUUGCUUGAAGUUUAGUUUACAUCGUAAUGCACGCGUGUCUAUUUUAAAGUUACGUUUCAAGUGCUGAGAAUAAUAUCCGUAGCAUGAUUUCGAAAUGCGAGUUAAGAAAGUAGACGUGCUGCCUUUUAAUCUUAUAUUUAUGAAGCGGUCUGUAGGUCAUUUAUCCUACGCAUUAAAAAUUUAAAAAUAAUAAUGGAACUCGUGUUGAGGAAUCAAAAACAUGCCAACAGCGUACAAAAAUAUUAGUAAGUUGUAGGAAACUUCUUGAAGAAAAGACGUACUUAGCAAAGUACCGUUUCUCAAAGAAAGUCUGAUAGUAAUCAGCAGAUAACGUCUAGUUCUGUUGAAAUUGGCGGCGAACGUUUCUUAACCUGAAAUGAGUGUUCUUCUUCGCGGCUGUAAUUCAGUUUGACGGCAUGUAAAAUUAAGUACUGUAUUUGCGUCUGUUCUCGUUCUUUAUUUUUCUUUCAAAGAAAAUAGAAUCUAUUUAGUUUUAAUA